GCCUGCCUGGUAAGUUUUCCCUUCCGUUGAUCAGCGACCGACCCCUUUCCUCGAUCGGAACGGACAAUCCAAGUUCUGAACAUUUGCGUGACUCUCUUCCUCCUCUGGAGACAAAAUGGCAGCUGAAUCUAUAAUCCGGAUCCCACCCUAUCACUACAUCCACGUCUUGGACCAGAACUCGAAUGUGACUCGAGUGGAAAUGGGUCCCAAGACCUAUAUACGGCAGGACAAUGAAAGGAUUGUCUUUACCCCCAAGAAGAUGGUGAUGGUCCCUCCACGCCAUUACUGUAUCAUCGUCAAUCCGGUGGUUUGGGGAGAGGAUAACGCAGUCCAGUUCGAUGCGGUGGGGCAAGUGCGACUCAGACAUGCUGACCUGGAGAUCCGACUGGCCCAGGACCCUUUCCCUUUGUAUCCAGGAGAGGAGCUACAACAGAGCGUUACACCUCUGCAGAUCGUCUUGGCUAAUACGGCCCUCCAUCUCAGAGCUCUUCUGGACUUUGAAGAUGACCGGGAUGGGAAACACAUUGCUGGUGACGAAUGGCUCUUUGAAGGACCUGGCACCUACAUCCCCCGCAAAGAGGCCGAGGUUGUGCAGACCAUCCAGGCUACCAUCAUUCGGUCCAACCAAGCCAUAAAACUUCAGGCCCGCAAGGAGUGUGUCGACAGAGAAGGAAACAGACGUGUGACAGGUGAGGAGUGGCUGGUCAAACGGGUUGGAGCUUAUUUGCCUGGAGUCUUUGAGGAAGUGGUUGACAUUGUGGAUGCUGUCGUGCUGACGGAGAAGAAAGCGCUACAUCUCCGGGCCACCAAGACAUUCAAGGACUCCCGGGGAGUGGCGAGGAAGACGGGGGAAGAGUGGCUGGUCACCAUGGCUGACACGGAGGCCCACAUCCCCGAUGUUUACGAGGAAGUGCUGGGCAUUGUUGACAUCACCACCCUGAACAGCUGCCAGUACUGUGUGGUUUGUGACCCGGUGGACUCCAACGGCAAGCCACAACUCGGGCAGAAGAAGGUGAUCAAGGGGGAGAUGUCAUUGUUCCUGCAGCCUGGAGAAUGGCUGGAGAAAGGGAUCCAGGACACUUAUAUCCUCUCGGAAGAUGAGGGGCUCUUGCUCCGUGCGCUUCGACCCUUUGAAGACGAGAACGAGGAUGGGGAGGAAGUGACUCGCAAACCAGGUGACCGCUGGCUGAUCCAGGGGCCUCUGGAGUAUGUGCCACCUGCAGAGGUGGAAGUGCUGGAACGGCGCCAUGCCAUCCCGCUGGCAGAGAAUGAGGGCAUUUACGUGCGGGAUAUCAAGACUGGGAAGGUCCGAGCUGUGAUUGGCCACACUUAUAUGCUAACUCAGGACGAGGAGCUGUGGGAAAAGGAGCUUCCUCCCCAUGUAGAGGCCUUGCUGGGCUUGGGGAGGGACCCAUCUGUGGAUCGCUCCAGGGAAGCCUCUGAAGGGGGCAGUGGGGCACCCCGUGAUCAGACCCGGGUGGUGACCUAUCGUGUCCCUCACAAUGCAGCAGUGCAAGUGUAUGACUACAAGGAGCGUAAAUCCAGGGUGGUUUUUGGACCAGAAUUGGUGCUUCUGGCCCCAGAUGAGCAGUUCACAGUUCUGAGUCUGUCCGGAGGGCGGCCUAAGCGGCCCCAUGCCCGCCGUGCCAUCUGCCUCCUCCUGGGGCCUGACUUCUGCACUGACAUCGUCACCAUUGAGACAGCUGACCAUGCCCGCCUUCAGCUCCAGCUGGCCUACAACUGGCAUUUUGAGCUCCCUGCUGCUGCUGAGGCCUCCCGCCUCUUUAGUGUUCCAGAUUUCGUAGGUGAUACUUGUAAGACGUUGGCCUCCCGCAUCCGGGGGGCUGUGGCUGCUGUCACAUUUGAUGACUUCCAUAAAAACUCCAACCGCCUCAUCAGCGCGGCCGUGUUUGGCUUUGAUGCCGAAGGGAAGCUGCGAGGCUCCCUGCGCUUUGCCCCCAAUGGCCUCAUCAUUAGCAGCAUCGACAUCCAGAGCGUGGAGCCCGUGGACCAGAGGACCAGAGAUGCCCUGCAGCGCAGCGUCCAGCUGGCCAUCGAGAUUACCACCAACUCUCAGGAGGCUGCGGCUCGGCACGAAGCCGAGCGACUGGAGCAAGAAGCGCGGGGACGCUUGGAGCGGCAGAAGAUCCUUGACCAGGCUGAGGCAGAACGGGCCCGGAAGGAGCUUCUGGAGCUGGAAGCUUUGAGCACGGCGGUCGAGAGCACCGGGGCAGCCAAGGCUGAGGCCCAGUCCCGAGCAGAGGCAGCCCGGAUUGAGGGCGAAGGUGCGGUCCAGCAGGCCAGGCUCAAGGCAGAGGCCACGGCCAUUGAGACGGCAUCAGAACUACAACGCCUGGCUAAAGCUCGGGAACAGGAGCUUGGCUUCUCCAAGGCUCAGACUGACCUGGAUGUGGCCCGUGCUGAAGCUUUGGCUGCUGUCGAAGUGAAGAAAUUUGAGGCUGUGAUCCAGGCAAUGGGGGCCGGCACCAUCCGUGACAUUGCUGUGGCUGGGCCAGAGAUGCAGGCAAAACUGCUCCAGGGCUUGGGUAUCCAGUCCACACUCAUCACGGAUGGUUCCUCCCCGAUUAACCUUUUCACAGCUGCCGGAGGACUGUUGGGGAUCCUUCCCAAGCCUUCCACAGCCUGACAGGUGCCGGAAAUACAUACCUCUCCACCAGGCUUCGGAGUGCCUUAGGGAUUGCUGGGGCUGGGGCGAGUCUUCCUUCCCAGUUGGGCUGCCCUUGAAUGUGCCUUCACUUGAGCCUUAUAUUCUGUUUUCUUCUGUAAUAUGAAAAUCAUGUAUUUUUUUCUCCUCGUGUUGCUUGCUUAAAGAAAGCCAAAGAAUAGUUUACAAUAAAGUCAUCUGCAAUUU